AUGGACGAGACGGUAGGCAGCAUCUCGUAUCCACAAGUGACAAACAGCAACGCAGGAGCCGUUAGCAAUGGCGAGGUCUCUUCAGAGCCCGUUCAGGCAUACGCCAAACUGGAGGGCGACUCCUUUUGUUACUACAUCAGAACCCUUCAGGUGACCUUCGGGCGCAAGGCGAGCUCUUCGGACCACGUCGACAUUCAUCUGGGGCCCACAAAAGCCAUUUCACGCCAACAUGCGCGCCUAUUUUACAACUUUACUACUCAGCGAUUCGAGAUGAUGGUUUUUGGGAAAAACGGAGCCUUCGUGAACGAUCAGUUUGUUGAAAAGGGCGUAACAGUGCCGUUGGAGAACAGGACAAAAAUCCAGAUUGGCGAGGUGUCCUUUUCUUUCUUGCUUCCCAAGAUUGACACAGGCGAUAAUUCUCAGGAAGCUACACAUUCUCAAGGAUCUUCACAACGAAAUGGUGGCACCGCUCAAGGAGGUUCAUCGUCAGUAUCAAGCCAGGGCGUCAAGAGAGAGGCCUCGGACCAAUUCGACACUUCCGAAUAUUCAUCAAAGGACACAAAACCGCCAUUCUCAUAUGCGUCUUUGAUUGCCCAGGCUAUCAAUUCGACCCCCGAGCGGAAGUUGACAUUGAAUGGGAUCUAUCAGCAUAUCACCCAAAACUACCCCUAUUACCAAAUGGCCCAGAAUGGGUGGCAGAAUUCAAUUCGCCACAACUUGUCGUUGAACAAGGCAUUCGUCAAAGUGCCGCGCUCUGACAGCGAGCCGGGGAAAGGCGCAUUCUGGACCAUUGACCAGAGCUGUGAAGCUCAGUUUGCGAAUGGAGUCUACAAGCGGAGUCGCCGGGCCAUGUCCUCAAAACCCAGUGAUACGCGCUCCGAAUCGCCCAUGGAUCAAAGCGACAGGCCCAAGAAGCGCAUCAAUACCGGUAUGGAAACCACGCCAUCGUUGACGCAUUCGGCGCAAUCGACUCCGAUGCAAUCCACGACCGCCCUAACUUCAGCAACGCAGCCUGGAACAGCACAACAAUCUUCCACAACUGCUCAGCAACCGGGCUAUUCCCAGAUCAGCGAGGCUAGCCUCAAGUUGGCGACGUUGCUCCAACAAAACCCAGGCAUGUUGGCGCUCAACCUGGCAACCCUCACCCAGUCACUGUCGGCAGCCAACAAGGAAGGCGCGCAGACCAUUCUGUCCGCUCUGGUCGCGGCAGCAAAGGCCAACCAAGCAGCGGCAGCAGCAGGUCAAGCAUCCACAGCCUCCUCGACAGCGACCUCGUCACCUGCCCCAGCCGGUGCUGCUUCUUCGCCCGCUACAACAUCGGCAAUUACAGCGCAGUCGCUCGCCACGCUACAGGCAGUCGCUACUGCCAUUGCGGCAGCUCGGAACUCUGCUGCCGCAUCUAGCUCUACAAUUCCCGCCGCCUCACCUCCAACGACACCGGCAGUUGCUUCACCAACCUUGUUAGUCACAUCCACGCCUACAUCUGCAGUAGGAUCUGCGGCAGCGGGGUCACCUUUGCUCACGGCAAGCACCCCUGUGACCGCUCCUACCGCGACAGGCGUCUCUCCAAUAGCGCAGCUGGUAGCAGCGGCUCAGGCUCAAGCAGCAGCGCAAGCGCAAGCCCGGGCCUUGGUGCAAUCGCAGACCACAACGCAGCCCGUGGCCUCAACUGCAACCACACCGGCAGCGACAUCGACAGCAACAUCGACGCCAACGCCGCCGACAUCAAUACCAGCCAUGACAGAGGGACAAGGAUCAGCAAACGCACAGGCUCAUUUGCAAGCUCUUCAAGCGCGAGCUUUGGAAAUUGCACGGGCGGAACAGGCGCAGGAGGCACAUAAAACGGCGACGCAGGAUCCUGAUGUGGAGUCGUCCUCGUCAGCACCGUUACCAUCACCGAUAGCAUCAGUAAGCGCAAGCGUUUCCAUCGAUCCUCCUACAAGUACACCUGAGCCUGAGCCGAAAUCAGAGAGCAACGCUUCACAAACCCCCGAUACCUCAGUCGAUGCUGGCCCCAAAGACGCUUCUGAAUCCUCUUCGACGCCAUUAGCAGAAAAUUCUUAA